GCAACUGGUCCUAUGAGUAUAUUCAAGCUUCCCCAAGAGCUUCUAGUUUCUAUCAUUGAGCUUGCCGUUUUUGAACUUGACAGUUCACAAGGAUGCUCCGACUGCAGCUUCCGGCCUAAUGCCAAAUGCGCCAAAGCACUGUCACGUGUAUGUUGGCGGAUAAGCCGCAUCGCCCAACCAUUGCUUUUCCACACUAUAUCAUUUGAUGGCACACCGUCGAUAGUGCCGCCCAAAAAAAGCGCCAUUCGGUUGCAUCUUGCGUUACGGCAGAAUCCCUCCCUUGGCCGUCAUUGUAGGCGUUUUUCCCUUGGCGUUGCAGACUAUCGUCAAAGGCCAACGGACUGGUCGAUUGCAAAGGAUCUUGCAAAAUGGCUAACCAGGGUGCGAUGUUUCGAGUGUUAUGGAGGAUUCGAGACAUCAAACCAGAAGACAUGGGACUUAAUCCAAAAGAUGAUGCAAAAGUUGGAAAGUUUGCAGCAUUGGAAGCUGAGUAGAGAGGGUUGGGGGCUUCAUCUUCAGCCUAUUCUAAAUGCCUCAAUCCCGAAGCUUCGAAUCUUGGAUCUUCAUGGAAUUUCCAAGUGUAAAGAAUCUUCUCUGUUACUAGACCCGAAGUUGUUUCGUAGCGCAUCCUUCACGUCACUCAAUAUAUCAGACUACGAGGAAACACCGCAAUCUACUGCAAUGCUCAUUCAAUGGCCAGCCCAGCUUGAACACUUCAAGUUCGGUAGCUUUUACAACAACUCCUCGAUGAUGAACUAUCCCAUGUUCCAAGCGUGGCUUUCAUCUCACAGCGAGUCCCUCAAAAGCAUUGAUAUCGGCUAUCUCUCUCGCAAUGGCGGUGAAAAUAAGCACAUCUUUGAUGCAACAAUCUUCCAUAAUCUUGAAUCUCUGACUAUAUCUCGAUGGCAGAUGGGCUUUCCAGGUGACCUGAAACCAUUCACUGUGGAAACUGCGAAGUUUCUGGGACCAAAUGUUAAGCUCUUCGGAUGGUCUUUUAGCAUUCACGAUCAGCAUAGCGAGUCUUGGAAUGACUUUGGGGAAAAAGAAGAAGAGUGGAUAGAACAACUUGGGAGGCAUGCUAUUGUUCGCAAGGCCGCACUCAAGACUGUCAAGAUCAACUUUCAUCCUGAAGACCAUGAAGGGAUGGAGAGUGACGUAUAUCCGUGGGACCGCAUGGACAACGUUCGAGAUCAUCUUCUCAGACCGAACGGCAUGGAUCUUAUCUAUUCUACACCCUCCUUACCAAAAGAGGAUUGGCUGAACAGGCUAGCGAAGGUCUCAAGCCCGUUCUUUCCGACUAUGGUCGAAUACAGGGAGGAGUCGGAGUCAGAGGUUGAGCCUUGGGGUAUCACACCACCUGGUGUUCACGGAAGAGAUAUUAGAGAUUAUUUCACCUUGUCGUUGGAGGUCAACUCUGAUCCAUAAGCAUAACAACCUCUACCUUAAUGUGGCGUUUGUUGCUGUACCGCUAAAAGGCUAAGAUUUCGCAUCUUCAAGUUUCUUAUGGAAUGAUUCAAAGU